AGGUGAGAGGGAGGUAGGGGCAGGGGCCGGGCCUCUCUGGAAGGUAAGUCUAGAGGCAGAGAGGCCUCCGGAGCUGCCAGCCGGGCUGUGGCGAGACAGUGUACACAUUUUCCAAGGAAUACACAGGGAAGCUGUGUGAGGAGCUGGAGUGACCUAGAUGGCGGCCAAGCAGACAGAACCCGUGACCAUCAUUAGCCUUCGGAAGCUGAGCCAGGCAGCCCCAGAACCGCAGCAGAAAGAGACGAAGACAUUCACUGUGGAGGAUGCCGUGGAGACCAUCGGGUUCGGACGCUUCCACAUCGCACUCUUUCUCAUCAUGGGCAGCACCGGGGUUGUGGAGGCCAUGGAGAUCAUGCUCAUAGCAGUUGUGUCUCCUGUCAUCCGCUGUGAAUGGCAGCUGGAGAACUGGCAGGUGGCAUUUGUCACCACGAUGGUGUUCUUUGGCUACAUGGUGUCCAGCAUCCUCUUUGGUCUCCUGGCUGACAGAUAUGGCCGCUGGAAGAUUUUGCUGCUCUCGUUCCUGUGGGGAGCCUACUUCUCCUUAUUGACCUCUUUCUCCCCAUCCUACAUCUGGUUUGUCUUUCUGAGGACCAUGGUAGGCUGUGGAGUGUCUGGCCAUGCACAAGGGUUAAUCAUAAAGACUGAAUUUUUGCCCACAAAAUACCGAGGCUACAUGCUGCCCUUGUCUCAGGUCUUCUGGCUUGCUGGCUCCCUGCUCAUCAUCAGCAUGGCUUCUGUGGUCAUCCCCACCAUUGGGUGGCGUUGGCUCAUCCGCAUUGCCUCCAUCCCUGGCAUCAUCCUCAUCAUGGCCUUCAAGUUUAUCCCUGAAUCUGCUCGCUUCAACGUCUCCACUGGAAACACACAGGCUGCGCUGGACACCCUAGAGCGCAUUGCCAAGAUGAACCGCUCAGUCAUGCCAGAGGGACAGCUGGUGGAGCCCAUCCUGGAGAAAAGAGGAAGAUUUGCAGAUCUACUGGAUUCUAAAUAUCUCCGGACCACAUUACAGAUCUGGAUCAUAUGGUUGGGAAUUUCUUUUGCCUACUACGGGGUUAUCCUGGCCAGUGCUGAGUUGCUGGAGCGGGAUCUGGUCUGUGGUUCGAAGUCGGAGUCAGAACCAGAGGUGAUGGUGACCACGGGGGACACAGAGGAGAAUCUAAGCCCCUGCUAUUGCCACCUCUUCGCACCCUCUGACUACAGGACCAUGAUCAUCAGCACACUCGGGGAAAUUGCUUUGAACCCUUUGAACAUCCUGGGCAUCAACUUCCUGGGCAGACGCCUGAGCCUGUCCAUCACCAUGGGAUGCACGGCCUUGUUCUUCCUUCUCCUCAAUAUCUGCACUUCUAGUGCCGGCCUCAUUGGCUUCCUCUUCAUGCUGAGGGCCCUGGUGGCGGCAAACUUCAACACCAUCUACAUCUACACCGCUGAGGUCUACCCUACUCCAAUGCGCGCUCUGGGGAUGGGAACCAGUGGUUCCCUGUGUCGCAUCGGGGCGAUGGUCGCGCCAUUUAUAUCCCAGGUCCUAAUGAGUGCCUCCUUCCUGGGAGCCCUAUGUCUUUUCUCAUCCGUCUGUGUUGUGUGCGCCAUUUCUGCAUUUACUCUCCCCAUUGAGACCAAAGGACGUGCCUUGCAGCAAAUUAAAUGAGGACCUACAAUACUAUGGCUACCAAAGGACAAAUAUUUGAUCUUCACUGUUACUGAGUUUUUUAGCAGUUUUAUUUCUGCAUAUGGCAAUUAUUUUAAGACAACCAAGGCACACACAAAACUGUAGUGGAGGGGGUCUCUUAGGAAUCAAUAUAUGCAAGCCUCUUAUAGGAUAUAUUUUUGCCAGGUGGUAGUGCAUGCCUCAAGUCUCAGCAUAUGGGAGGUCGAGGGGGCAAGGGUCAGGAGCUCAAGGUCAUCCUUAGCUAUAAAUGCAAGCCUGAGGCCAGCCUGGUUAUCUAAAAUGAAACAAAAACCUCAAAAACAACCUACCACCAAACCACUUAACUCCCACUACCCAAACAAACCAAUAAACCCUGAAAUUGAAUGGUAAUAAAAGGUGGAGGGUGGAGAAUAUAGCUUUUCUUACUUGGCAUCAACAACUACUUAACCCUAGACAAAACACUUGGUAUUGCUCCAUAUGGUCUAUGGUUGAAGGACAAAGACUCUGUACUUAAGGCAAGAAACUAGACUGGUAUCACUGAACUUAAAUUUUGGCCUUAGUAGUUCUUUUUUAAGAUACUACUUUAUUCUGUAUGUAACUACCAAGAAGCUGGGAAUAAAGUUAAC